CUAUCAGAAAAGAGAAAACCAUGAAACGAAUCAGAGAUUAGGGAAAAAAAACAUAGACAAAAACGAUGUCGUUUUGUAACUAGGGUUUUUGAUUUCGUUGAAACGGCUUCGUUUUAGUCCUCUUCUUCAAUCUUCGGCCUUGGUCUCCUCCGGUGAGUUCUCUUCUGCUGGAAUUCUGAUUAGAUUCCCCGUCGUUCAUUACAUACUACGAAUCUGCUGAUUUCUCGUAUCUCUGUUUGGUUUCCAUAGAGAAGCUUCUGUCUCUGACCUAUUCACUCACUGUCACAACUUUGAGGUUUCCUCUGCUAGCCAUCGCCGGAGAGAUUCUUCAGAGAGAGAAAAAAACGCUUAAGCGACUAUGGGUAGACAGGAAGAGGCUUCGGCGGAGAGAGAGACCGAUUUGGUUGUUCCAUGGAUGAGAGCUCCGGUAGACGUCAGCCAUGUCGAAAACUGCGCUCUCGAAACACUUCCUUGCCUUGAUCCAAGGUUGAGCAAGGCAUUGGAGAAGAUGGAUAUAUCUUCACUAUUUCCGGUGCAAGUUGCAGUUUGGCAUGAGACGAUAGGGCCAGGUGGUUUCGAGAGAGACCUCUGUGUUAACUCUCCAACAGGAAGUGGAAAGACUUUGUCUUACGCUUUACCAAUUGUGCAGAUCCUUUCCUCUCGUGCAGUUAGAUGCCUCCGUGCUUUAGUCGUACUGCCCACUCGUGAUCUAGCCUUGCAGGUGAAGGAUGUGUUUGAUGCUAUAGCUCCAGCCGUGGGAUUAUCUGUUGGUUCAGCUGUGGGUCAGUCUUCGAUAGCUGGUGAAAUCUCACAGCUCAUCAAGAAACCUAAGCUUGAUGCAGGGAUAUGCUAUGAUCCCGAGGAUCUGUCACAGAACCUUGAAAGUGCUGUGGAUAUAUUAGUAGCAACACCAGGAAGGCUUAUGGACCAUAUCAACAACACCAAAGGCUUUACUCUUGAGCAUUUGCGUUACCUUGUUGUUGAUGAAACCGAUAGACUGCUAAGGGAGGCAUAUCAAUCCUGGCUCCCUACUGUUCUGAAACUCACUCAGACAUCUGACGAUGGCCUCUUUCCUUCAUCUACACCGUUUCUUCCUUCCGCUUUUGGUUCUCUGCAGACUAUUCGUAGACAAAGUGUAGAGAGAGGUUUUAAGGGUAAACCAUACCCGAGGCUGGUGAAGAUGGUUUUAUCAGCUACAUUGACGCAGGACCCAAGCAAGCUUAUUCAGCUUGACCUGCAUCACCCGCUAUUCAUGACAACUGGAGAAAGCCGAUACAGACUACCCGAGAAGUUGGAAUGUCUUAGACUGACUUGCGAACCCGGGACCAAGCCUGUUAGUUUAGUCGCUCUCUUAAACUCAUGGGAAGAUGAGAAAUGUAUCAUUUUCACAUCUUCUGUAGAGACCACUCGUCGUCUAUGCAUUUUACUUAACCUUUUCGGUGAAUCAAAGAUAAAAGCAAAAGAGUAUUCAGGUGGCCUUGACCAAUCAGUUCGAAGCAAAGUACUAAAGGGCUUUAGAAAAGGAGACAUUCAAUUUCUCGUUACAUCUGAUGCUCUAACUCGUGGAACGGAUGUUAAAGGGGUAACAAAUGUCAUUAAUUAUGAUAUGCCUCCAUUUGCAAAGACCUUCAUCCAUCGUGCUGGAAGGACAGCUAGAGCAGGCCAGGCCGGUCGGUGCUUCACAUUGCUGAAUAAAUAUGAGGAAAGGCGUUUUUCAAGGCUCCUGAAGAAAGUUGGUUGUGAUUCAUGCACUACUCAUUCAAUCCCAUCCGAAACAUUGGAUUUUUACCGUGACAAGUAUGCAACUGCUCUGGAGUUGCUGAAGGAGUUGGUUGAGUCGGAAGCACCGAAAAAAGGAAGACAAGCUUUUCAGCAUAAUUCAAGAACCAAACGCAACAAAACGACGACAUCAGAACAAGCAUAGUUCUUCUUGGUAUCCCUUCGGGUCAAAUACUGAAACGGGUCGGAUUCAGUCGUUUUUGGACACAAGCUUCAGUCAAAAUGCGGGUUAAUUGAUCAGGAAUCCAUUGUAUAAUUAAUAGAAAUUGAAUUAGUAAAAUGCCUAAUCUUGAGGUGGGAAAAAAGUGGAGAUAACUAACGUUUUGCUCUUGUUUUUUUUUUUGGAAGUAGAAGAAGAGAGUUCAGGACUUAUUUAGAUUCCUACAUACUUUUUCAUGAAAUGUUUCUCUUCGUUAAUGAAAGACAAUCUUUGGUCAUACAUACCGGAGUAAAGUAUGGCUUCUCUCCAAGUUCUGAGGAGAAUAUAAGCAUAAUUAUCGG